CACUGACGUAGAAAGAUAGUAUCAGUCUGGUGUAGAUCAGUCAAACAGACAGGCCAGAGUUGUGUGCCGUGGACUUAACGUACGCAUACUCCAACCCCCAAGAGGCUUAACGAAAAAUGUCUAAUUUAGAAGACAUUCUCAAAAGGAUUGGCGAGUUCGGGAGGUAUCAAAUAUUUCUGUUCUGCCUACUGUGUUUGCCUUCCAUUGGUAAUGGUUGUUACAUGAUGGCGAUCGUCUUACUGGCCUACACUCCAAAACACAGGUGUAAGAUUCCUGGUUACGAUAACGAUACAUGGGCCAUCCAGGGCAGUUACCAUGCCAACCUCAUCAACAGGACUAUUCCGACCUCGGAAGACUCUUUCUACGACUACGACAGAUGUCACGUGUACACACCGACAGGAACCGGAAACUCGUCCUCCGUCACAAAGGCGCAAUGUUCCCAAUGGGUUUACGACCGAGAUACAUUUGACCAGACCAUUGUUACUCAGGGUAACCUCGUGUGUUCAGACGAGAUGAAACCGGCGCAUGCUCAGAUGGUUUAUUACUGUGGCGUCCUGGUGGGAGAUUUAUUCUUUGGAAUGCUAUCAGAUAGUUUCGGAAGACGGAAAUCGAUAUUAUUGGCCUCCAUCCUCCUCUUCAUAUCCUCCGUAGCGACUGCGUUUACAACAGAGUUCUACAGCUUCACCGUCUUGGAAUUCUUGGUUGGGGCAUCCAACCACGGCCUCUUCAUCCUGGUUGUCGUCAUGGGUAUAGAAUUGACUGGGCCCAAUAGGAGGAUGCUGGCGGGCGUUCUAAUGCACUUAGUCUUUCCUGUGGGAUUGCUAUACCUGACGGGGGCAGGCUUCAUCCUGCGGAACUGGAAGACCAUCCAGCUCGUGGUGGCGAUACCGUGUAUAGUACACUUGGGCCUGUAUUGGGUUAUACCCGAAUCUCCCAGAUGGCUUAUCAGCCAGGGAAGAUACAAAGACGCAGAGACUAUCCUCAGGAAGGUGGCCGAGAAAAACAGGAAACCGUAUCCUGAAAAAAUAGAUCUAAGUCACAUAGAACAGGUGAAGCCGGGGCGAGUCUGGCAAUUGUUUUCCUCGAAAACGUUGGCGUGGAGGACCUGUAUCAUAUUUCUCAAUUGGUUUUCAGUUUCGCAGAUAUUCUUUGGAACGACCAUACAUAUGAGUAAUCUCGGAGGAAAUUUCUACUUGAAAUUCCUGCUAUUGGCGGUUGUUGAAAUCCCUGCCAUAGCAUUAACGAUCGGCCUUCUGUCAAAGUUUGGUCGUAGAAACGUGCUUGCUUUCUUCAUGAUACUCAGCGGCGGGUCCAACCUGAUGACCAUCUUCACCGUAUUGCUAGGAGGAGAAACCUUUGAACCGUACACCAUAGCGCUGUGCUGUGUUGGGAAAGCAGGGUCAACAGGAGCGUUUGCUGUUAUUUACAUUUUCUCUAGUGAAUUAUUCCCGACUGUAGUCCGCACAGGUGGAAUGGGGGCAAGCUCAUGUGUGGCACGUUUAGGAGGAAUGUCGGCACCUUACAUUGCUAAGUUGGGUUCCUUGGUAGGCAGCCAUUACGGACAGGCACUACCUCUGGUGAUAUUCGGCGUUAUCAGUGUGGCGGCAGGCCUGUUUACAUUGCUUCUACCAGAGACUCUUCACAAGCGACUUCCAGACACUAUAGAUGAAGGGACACGAUUUGGAACAUCUGCUGAGGACGUGAAUGUCUAUUUGCAGGCAAGUGAUUGCUUGGACGACUCAGAGGAGAAACGAGCUUCUCUUCUUGACGAGAAAACACCCCUAUAGUGCAAACGAUUUGCAUCAAUGAGUGAAUAUCUAUAUCUUCUUUACGCAACUUCAAUUUUUUUAUCUAAAAUGGGAUGAAAAAAGAAAAAAACACAUAUGGUGCUGUGGUUAAAAGACAUUUUAAAAAGUAACGUAUUUCCGUUUUCAUUUCUCGACUUAUCUAUAUCGAUGAUAUGUUCCAGUAAACACUUUGUAUGAUAUGACAAUAUUUAAGCAUUUAACUGCUUUUAGUUGGCAUUCAAAGGCAAUAUGAAUGUCAACUGGACAAAUGAAAAUUGCCUAUGAAUGCAGCAUAAAAAUCGUUCAAUAUCUAUAUUUACCAUGUUUGGUAUUUGUUCAUAUCAUAAAAAAUAAAUUACACUUAUUAUUAUUUAACAUUUAGUGCAAGUAAUGUUUGCGUCGUGUAUGUUUGAUCAAUAAAUAGAACAGCCAUCGCCUAGGAGGGUCAGUGGUAUCAAACGUAUUAAUUAUGACGUCAUUAUAAUGAAAUCGUCAACAAUAGGUCCAUGCCAUUCAUUGCCUAUAAGAAUGCAAACUGAAUUUGGUAGGGUAAUAUAGUGGCAAUGCUAUACGAUUGUAAAUAUUUCAUCAUCGAUAUCGCUGUUCGUCCAACAUGAACUUUGAUUUUAUUGUUUUGCUCAACUACAUUGAUGUCACUCUAUUUCCAUUUUACAUUGUAUAUUACUAAUGUAUAAAGGUCGAUGAUGUGGCUUCCGACAUUCCAAAGGAAGCAAUAGUACGGUCUCAGGUAAUGUAUUAAUCUCGACUGCUGGAUAUGAUAAUAUAAAAAUAUUCAGAUUUCCGUUCAUCUUCAUUUUGUCAUAAAAAAUUGAUUGUAAGCAACAUUAUCCAGAGAAACGACAUAAUAUUACAGUUUAUAUUGAUAUAUUCUAUGUCUUAUUUUAAUUUUUAUCCUUCAUUAAUCAUUUUUUUUUUAUCACUUAUUGAUUUAUCUAUAGAAUGAUCUGAGCGAGUCUUCUGGCUGAAAACAUUAUAGACUUGCUCAAGUCCACGGACAGGAAAUUAAUCCCAAAGACUAAAAAAGUCUAAGAUAGGAAAUAAUAAUAAUGAUAAUAAUAAUGAGUCGAGGUUCUAAUAUACGGGUCAUAGGUCGUCUUAAAGCGGUUCUCAAAUUAUUAUCCAUAUACAUUGGUAACUAUUCAAGAAAUUCCGUCCUCACAUAGAUCUUAUCAUGUUAUGGAAUGGACGGCGUGCGCAUAUUUCUUAUCAUUAAUAAUCUACAAAGCAGAUCCAAUUAUUAAGAUUUGUUUGGGGAUCAUCAGAAGCCUUGUUCAAAAGGAGACUAGCUUUAUCAGUGAUUAGCGCAAACUUUAAUUUUCGUGUUUCUUUAAAACAGAACCAUUGAACAAGUUACAACUUUACAGAUAUCAAAUAUUUAGUAGUGUCAAUUUACAUACACUAUUGAGUGAUUUUACCGUGUGUAUUGAUGGAAAUAAUAAAGGUCGACAUAUGUUGUUAAACAUCGAUUAAGCUAACCAGCUUUUGAACAACUGGGCCCUGAGAGGUAUAAUACAGUAAAUCAAAUAAGAGGUUCGGAAUUAGAAAUUUUGCAAACAAUUACACAAAUGGGAAACAAACAAAACGGAGUUAUAAUUCAAUGUUGUACCCCAGCACUAUUUUAUGUAGGAGAAUGUAUCUGUUUUGACCAAGUGUUUUGUACAUCGUCGCAGUGUAGCUAUCAUUGAACCAUGAAACAAAAUGAUUACCAUAUCGAUGAGAGAUUGAAAACAAAAUUAUUAAACUUUCCAUACGUAAAAUUGAAGGAUGUGGUUUUCAUCAGUUCUACUGGUUUUUUUUUUACACGGUGCAAUUGUAUUUUAAAAUAAACAAUACGGAUUAAACUUCUAAUACUUGUGUGUUUUUUUAUAUCAACAGUACGAGAUUUAAGUGAUUGAUGCUUCUACUU